AAUCAAUCACCCCUCUGUUUAUAUACAUACACAAAGCCAUCGAAUCUCCAGAGAUUAAGCAAGGCCGCCUCAGAACAAGACCCAUCGAAACAGAGCGAUCAUGAUGGCUAAAACCUUAGCUUUGUUCAUAACAUGCACCACCCUCUUUUGCCACGGGGCAGCUUCCUUAGAGGACCUCACCAUACGCCAAGUCACAGACGAUCGACCUCCCAAUCUCCUCGGGACACACACGGAGAGAAAAUUCCGGGUUUUCAUGUCUGACUACGGCAAGAGCUACUCCACGCGGGAGGAGUACAUCCACCGCCUCGGUAUAUUUGCUAAAAACGUCAUCAAGGCGGCCGAGCACCAGAUGUUGGAUCCCACCGCCGUCCACGGUGUCACACGGUUCUCUGACCUAACGGAAGAGGAAUUCAAGAGGAUGUACACUGGAUUAACCGAUGUUAGCAGCCCCCGUGACGGUGCUGUUGGAGCGGAGGCACCCAUGGUAAAAGUUGAGGGAUUGCCCAAAGAUUUUGACUGGAGGGAUAAAGGUGCAGUUACUGAGGUCAAGGAUCAAGGUUCAUGUGGAUCGUGCUGGGCUUUUAGCACAACAGGAGCAGUUGAAGGAGCCCAUUUUGUCUCCACCGGGGAGCUAAUUAGUCUUAGCGAACAACAACUUGUGGAUUGUGAUAACGCGUGCGAUCCAAAGGAUAAGAAAGCGUGCGAUGAUGGAUGUGGCGGGGGACUCAUGACAAAUGCGUACGAGUAUUUGAAGAAAGCAGGAGGCUUAGAAGAGGAAAAAUCAUAUCCUUACACUGGCAAACGAGGCCAUUGCAAGUUCGAUCCUACAAAGGUUGCAGUCAAAGUAGUCAACUUCACGAACAUACCAUUGGACGAGGACCAGAUCACAGCAACUUUAGUACAGCAUGGUCCUUUAGCAGUGGGGUUAAACGCGGUGUUCAUGCAGACGUACAUAGGAGGAGUGUCGUGUCCGCUUAUAUGUAGCAAGAAAAAGAUAAACCACGGGGUGCUUCUUGUUGGGUACGGAUCAAAAGGGUUUUCGAUCUUGCGGCUUAGUAAUAAACCGUAUUGGAUUAUCAAGAACUCGUGGGGGAAAAACUGGGGAGAUAAUGGGUACUACAAGCUGUGUCGUGGCCAUGACAUGUGUGGGAUUAACUCAAUGGUCUCUGCAGUGGUGACCCAAGUUUCGUCCUAGGUGGGUCUUGUCUUUCUUAAUAAAAUAUAUUCCUCUUGGUCUUAUUUAAGUGUUACAUGUUUUACGAGUGAAGCUUGUGUUUCAUUGGGUCUCUUUGUGCGAUUGUCUUUUGGUAAAACACUAAACAAUGGGGCAAUAUAGCACGUACCUUAGUGUAGUCACCAGUUACCACCUAAUCUUUGCGGGGUGAGUGUAAAAAUAAAUUUGUCAAGCAAAACAAAAUUAUUACAAUAUGCUAUACUCUGGUUUGUCUAAAGCUUAUAUUGUUUUGGAG